GGUGAGAAUUAUAGAGAAGCAUGGCAUCUGCCCUCCUUCUGCUGUUCUUUCUUUCAUCAUCUUUAGGACUAGCUUGGGCUCAAUGUCCUCCAGACAGUACUUCCAUUAUGAUCAUUAGAGAUCAGAAAAUUCAUUUACCUUUGACAGAGCCAAUAUGCAUCAUCUGCAGGUUCUUCAAUAAUCAAGGUAACUUUGCUCCUUUCUCUGAUGGUGUCUGGUGGCUGGGUAGUAUGGUUCUUAAUGAUGGUGACUAUGAUGGAAAUGUCAGCAUAUCAAGCACUUUUAAUACAGUUUACCUUACUCUGCAUACUCCUGAUGCUGUUGUGAAUGUUGGAGAUGUUGUAGUCUGUUCCUCAAAAAAUAUUGGUCUUCAAAACAUUGUUACCUUUGGAACAUACUCUUUCCUUAAUCCAAUUGUAUUUCCUAAUGGGACAGUUAAUGUUAUUGAAGGAUCUAAUCUAACACUAACAUGCUCUGAUCCUGGUAAUGCUGGUACUCCACGUUAUGUAUGGAUCAGGGAUGGUAGUCAAUUGACUAUAGUUGUUAAUAAUCCUCCUUUGAACUUAUACUUAACUAACAUUGACAGAGAAUCAAGUGGUGAAUACACGUGUCGAUCAAUGAGUGUCCAUAUGCAUGGAGACAUUCGUGAGACUAGUGUUAGAGUCAAUGUAAUAAGCCUCCCAACUGUUAAUAUUAUCACUCAUCAAAAUGACGAAUCUAUUACCAUCAAUUGUACCUAUGAUGACUCCGUUAACGUGACAUGGGAACAUAAUAACUCAUUGCUUGAGCCUGACAAUGAUCCUUAUGUCACAGUAGACACUCAGUCUAGCUACUCUGAGCUAACAAUCUCUCCCCUUGCAGAGGAUUACAAAGGAGAGUAUCAGUGUAUCGUUAGUAAUGAUGCUGGAACUGCAACAAGCGAAAAGGUCCAAAUUGACGUGGACAUACACCACACUGGAUACAGCAAAAGCAUUCCAAGUAAGUACACUGCUAUAAUCCUAGUUAUAAUCACGGCCUGUGUGGCCUUGCUACUACUGGGAAUAGUCAUCAUUUUGACUAUAAUUGUCUGUCUAUGUUGCAGGAAAUAUUAUGUUCUCAAAAGCGAUAAUGAAAUACAGGGUAUCUCAUUUAACAUAAAACUAGAUGGUGAAAAAGUAUUGCCACAAGAAAACGUGUAUAACUGAUUUAGUAGAUGUUUUUUUUUGUCAAAAUUUGAGAUUAAUUAUGAAAAAAUUUUGACUGUUCUACAGACAGCUAUAAGG